CAUAAAAAAAAAAAAAGAAUAAUCAGUGAAGUUUAGAGAGAAGAGAGAAAAGAGAAGAGAGAAGAGAGAAGAGAGAGAGAGAGACAUUACCUUCUUCACAGGUUAAAAGAAAAGCUUUACUUUCUUCUUCUGCAUUCCUCCAAAUAAAUUUUUAUCUUCCUCAAGAAAACCCAAACUCACAAGAAAAAAUUCUUAAAGUUUAGUGAAUUGUGGCGGAGAAGAUGAAGAUCGGAGCUCCGGCGAAUAAGCCGGGUCGGGUCAUCGUCCAAGUUCUUCUACAUCUUCUUCUUCUUCAAAGUGUUCAUUGUCAGAACUCACGAAACAAACUUAACAUCACAAAUCCUGGACAAAACAUACCACCUGCCUUAACAGUUCAGCUAAGGAGAGUUAGUCAUGACAAGGUGGUAAUUGAUAAUGGUAUUAUUCAAGUUACUUUCUCGAAUCCACAAGGCUUAAUAACUGGGAUAAGAUACCAUGGUAUCGAUAAUGUGUUGGACGACGAAAUUGAGGAUCGAGGGUAUUGGGACGUUACCUGGUAUGAGCCGCACAAGAAAUUGGAAAUUGACAAAUUAGAAGGAAGUAAAUUUGAAAUCAUAACUCAGAAUGAAGAACAAGUUGAAAUUUCAUUUACAAGAACGUGGACUAUCUCCAAACGUGGCUCCUUAGUCCCCCUUAACGUAGAUAAAAGAUACAUUAUUCGAAGUGGUGUCUCCGGAAUAUACAUGUACGGUAUCUUGGAGAGGUUAGAAGGUUGGCCCGACGUGGACAUGGACCAAAUCAGGAUCGUCUUCAAACUCAACCCAAAAAAAUUUGAGUUCAUGGCGUUAUCGGAUGAUAGGCAGAGAAGCAUGCCAUCGAUGGCGGAUCGAGACAAUGCUAAGCAAUUAGGUUACAAAGAAGCUGUUCUUUUGACAAAUCCAAAGAACCCUAUGUUCAAAGGAGAGGUAGACGAUAAGUAUAUGUACUCAAUGGAAGACAAAGACAACAAUGUGCAUGGUUGGAUCUCAUCGGACCCUCCGGUUGGGUUUUGGAUGAUAACUCCGAGCGAUGAGUUCCGUCUUGGUGGCCCUAUCAAGCAAGACCUCACCUCUCAUGCAGGACCCAUCACCCUCUCCAUGUUCACGAGCACACAUUACGCAGGGAAAGAGAUGAGAAUGGACUAUAGAAAUGGAGAACCAUGGAAGAAAGUGUUUGGUCCUGUCUUGGCUUAUCUCAACUCUGUUUCUCCCAAAGACUCCACUCUUCGUCUAUGGAAAGAUGCUAAACGACAGAUGGCUGCAGAGGUCAAAAGCUGGCCUUAUGAUUUUGUAACUUCAGAAGAUUAUCCUCUUCGCCAUCAAAGAGGCACUAUCGAAGGCCAAUUCCUUAUCAAAGACAGGUACGUGUCAAGAUUAAGGAUAUAUGGGAAAUUUGCUUUUGUUGGUUUGGCACCAAUUGGUGAAGCCGGUUCAUGGCAAACCGAAUCCAAGGGGUAUCAAUUUUGGACGAAAGCUGACAGAAAAGGGAGAUUCAUAAUAGAGAAUGUGAGAGAAGGCAAUUAUAGUCUCUACGCAUGGGGUUUUGGUUUCAUUGGAGACUAUAAAUAUGAGCAAAACAUUACCAUCACGCCAGGUAGUGUGAUGGAUGUAGGUCCUAUAGUGUAUGAACCACCAAGAAAUGGUCCAACGAUUUGGGAGAUCGGUGUACCGGACCGAACCGCCGGAGAAUUCUAUAUACCGGAUCCUUACCCGACAUUGAUGAAUAAGCUUUAUGUCAACCCACUUCAAGACAGGUUUAGGCAAUAUGGAUUAUGGGAACGUUACGCAGAUUUAUACCCUCAAAACGAUCUUGUGUACACAGUCGGUGUGAGUGAUUAUACAAGAGAUUGGUUCUUUGCACAUGUCACCAGAAACGUUGGAAACGAUACAUACCAACCAACGACAUGGCAAAUCAUAUUCAACCUUAAAAACGUGAACCAAGUCGGACUCUACACGCUCAGAAUAGCUCUAGCCGCAGCCGCGGAUUCGGAACUACAAAUCCGGAUCAACGAUCCGAAAUCCGACCAUAUUUUCAUGUCGGGUUACAUCGGAAAAGACAAUGCGAUCGCGAGACAUGGAAUACAUGGUUUAUAUAGAUUGUAUAGUAUCGACGUUGCGGGAGGUUUGCUAAACAUUGGUGAUAAUACGAUAUAUUUAACUCAAACGAGAAGUUUAACACCGUUUCAAGGUAUCAUGUAUGAUUAUAUUCGUCUUGAAAGUCCUUUAAGAACUUGAAAUUAGAGUUAGGUUAAUUAGAUAUGUUCUUUGUAAUUAGAGUUAGCUUUAUUUUAUUUAUUUGAAUGUAAUAUGAAGGAUGUGUGCAUGAUAUAUAAUAAAACCAAUUUAACGUUAUAUGA